AUGACCGGCAAAAAGCCAAAACCGCAACAACAGGACGACCGAAUGGACUUGACCUUUGAACGAGGCGACUCCCAGCAUCCCCGGGGCCACGCCAUCGUAUAUUUCCGGGUGGACACUGAGCCCGACAAGCUAUACGCCAGCUACAUAGUCGUCCUUCCGGUAAAGGCCGACUUCGGCAAAUAUGUGCCCCCCUUCCUGGCUUCCCACCUGGGCAACCUGCCCCUCAACGAUUUCUCCUGCUUUGCCAUGCCGCCGGUGCCCGAGGAGGUAAGCAGCCACAGGGAACUGGAACACCUCAGCGACCUGCGCCAGGACGACCUGGUCUUCGGCUCCAGCAUGUUUUCCUUCGACCUGCCCCGCAUGAUGGAGGGCAUCACCGACGCGGUGCAGUCCUAUUCGGAGCUUUGCGCCGACUACUACGACCGGCAGGGGCUUACGAGCGCCCCGACCGCCGAGAGCAUUCCCGCCGCCGCUCCCCAGCAAACCGAAACCGAUACCGGGUCGGAUAACUCCUAUUCGGUAAGCGAGGUGCUGCUCGGCCUCAUGAGCGAACGGGACAAGCUGGCGGAACUGUCAAAUCUGCUGGGCAAGCUCCAGUUCGCCCAGGAGGGCCGUGACGACAAUAUGACCGGCGAGAUAACCGAGGAGAUAAACGCCUUGGCCCGCCACCUGCCCGAAGAUUUCCAGGUGAUGAACCUGCUGGCCGCCGCCAAAGAAACCACCGGCCGCGGCUCCCGCCUGGCCCAGCUAUACCUUGACCGCUGCUUCCGCCUCGCCGACGGCGACACGAACACCGUCCAAACCCUGGAAGCGCAGAUAGAUGAGUUGAGGGGGCAGGGGUAGGCAGUUGAAUGGCAGACGAUAAACCCCUUUCAGCGAUGCAUUUAUGCCUAAGGAUUCACUGAAAGACCUUCAGGAACUGAGUGCCCGACUGGCGGAAUUGUUUACUGCUUUCUUGAACUCCGAAUUCGGAAAGCAACUCGGAACGAUAGUUCAUAACAUCCAA